AUGGCGGACAAAGUACCUGUAGUUGGUUUUCCAACUGUUCAGACAGAUCAAGGAUUUGAAAGGUUAAAGAAGUUAGCUGAAAAGUUUAAGGAAAAGUUUGGUUGUGAACCAAACUUCUAUGGAAGAGCCCCAGGAAGGGUCAAUUUAAUUGGUGAACACAUUGAUUACUGUGGUUACUCGGUGUUGCCUAUGGCAAUAGAACAAGAUGUUGUUAUAGCUGUAGCUACCACGGAAUCUCAAGAUGUAUUAUUAUCAAAUGUCAAGAGUGAACUGUAUAGCGACUUUGUAUUUCCUGUCAACAAUGUGAACAUCAACAAAGACAGCCCUCAAUGGCAGGAUUACUUUCAGUGUGGAUUUCUAGGAAUGACGGAACACCUUAAACUUUCAUCCCCAGUCCGUGGAAUGAAGUGCAUGGUGGACGGAACUGUUCCUCCGAGUUCUGGCCUAUCCAGUUCUAGUGCUCUUGUUUGUUGUGCUGCUCUGGUUACAAUGUAUGCUAAUGGAAAAAGCCUUCCAAAGAAUGAGUUGGCAGAUAUGUGUGCUAAAUGUGAGCGUUACAUUGGAACACAGGGAGGUGGUAUGGACCAGGCAAUAUCAUUCAUGGCCCACAAAGGAACAGCAAAGUUGAUUGAUUUUAACCCACUGAAGGCAACAGAUGUCUACCUGCCUGAUGGAAUUUCAUUUGUGAUUUCAAACAGCUGUGUUGAGAAAAAUAAAGCAGCAUCAUCAGAAUUCAACACCAGGGUGGUAGAGUGCAGAAUCGCUACGCAGAUUCUAGCCAAACAGAAAGGUCUUCAGUGGGCUAGUUUUCAGCAUUUAGGAGAUGUACAGAAAGCCCUGAAUUUAAGCCUCCCUCAAGCAGUCAAACUUGUCAAGGAGAUCCUCCACAAGGAACCAUACACUCGUUCAGAAAUCUGUCAAAUCUUGGACAUGAAGGAGGAGGAUUUUGUCAGCAAUGUCCUUAGUUCUAGGACUGCUCAAGUGCAAUCUUUCAAGCUGUUUCAGCGAGCUACUCAUGUCUUCUCUGAGGCAGGGCGGGUCUUGUCCUUUAAACAUAUCUGUGAUGAGGCAGACCCUCAGGCUUCACAGAAACUCGGGAAACUGAUGAAUGAAAGUCACACCAGCUGUAGGGAUAUGUAUGAGUGCAGCUGCACUGACCUGGACAACCUUGUCAGUGUUUGCUUGGAGGCUGGAGCUCUAGGAUCUCGACUGACAGGUGCUGGCUGGGGAGGCUGUGCCGUUUCUAUGGUGCCAACCAAUCAUGUGAUGGACUUUUUGGUCAAAGUCAAGAAAAAUUAUUAUGACAAAAAUUCAACAAAAGCAGCAAUGGUGGGAAAAUCUUUAUUUGCCACACAGCCAGGAACUGGAGCCCAGAUAUACUUACCUAAUAUUGCUUCAUAAAGUUAAUUAAUAUUAGAUUAUAAUUAGUAGUUAUAUGGAAUAUGGUGCCAUAGAUUAAUUGCCAUAUACAUAUGUACACAUUUACAUGUAAUUUGUAAAAAUGGGUCUCUGUUAUUAUAUUUAAGUUUUUUUAUAGUAUAAACCUUUAUAUAAUACUGCAUUACUAUGUGUUCUACACAAAUUGUACAUGAAACUAUAGGUUAACAUGUUACACUACCAAUGGAUAUAGCAUCCAAAAUAUCACUCUAUAAUAUGUCUCAAUAAAAUGCAUUCCAUUU